UGGCUGAGAGGACACUUUGACCGCGCUUCCGGGUCUUGGCCACUUUUACAUUGAACCAUCGUUCCGCAAAUACAAUUGCUCCAUUCGCCGCGACUAAGGAGCAUACCAACAACUUCCUGCGAAAUCAUUAGGUGGGAUUUGUGGGCUACAAAUGAAAAUUUAAGGUCCUAAAGAGAGAUUUUUCCAUUUAAAAAGGAAACGUACUUGGUUAGCAUUGCGAUUGUUGCUCCCUAUUAAAGCCCACUCACAGUUCAUUCCAUUGGGUGAAAAUUGUACUAGAGGAACAGAGGCAUUUGGGAGUGAGAUUUUUCUCUGAAAAAAAAAAAAUAAACCCAAAGACAGAUCCGAUAAAAAAUUUAAGGGAAAAAUUGUGUGAUAGUGGUUUAGUGAGUGUUCUGCUAAAAACCGAACGAGUCCCACUCCCAUGUAGAUUUUGCAACGGCCACAGAACUCAAAUGUCCUGAGGGUGGUUUUUAAUGACUGAACAUUCUCCGCAAUAUGAGACUCCUUUACAAAGGGUGACCCAAAGAAGCACCCUCAUAGCUCAAAGUGCAAGUCAGGCAAGUGAAGUAUCUCCUGUGUAGGUCCUUUCUUAUAGCGCAAAAGGGGAUUUUUGACAAAAAACAGACGAGCACACAGACCGUCAUUUGGGAGUAUUUCGUGCGUGAAAUCGUGUCCCGGCCUCAGAUUGUUUGUGCUAAGACGCGGGGUUUGAAUUAAUUGAAAUUAAUUCGGAGAUUCGUGUUUGGGGUGUGUUAUGUGAUGAUUAAUUCAGCAACAAGGAGAAUUUUCUAGCCAUGGCGCACUGCAACAAGUCAAGCAUGGAUUACGUCGGCUUGGGUUGCUGUGCGCUGGCUGUGGCACUCUACCUCAACACCCUGGAUGCCGGAUUCGUCUAUGACGACAGGCGUGCCAUUCUUGGGAAUCCGGAUGUCCUCUCGUCGACGCCAUGGCGCCACAUGCUAGACAAUGACUUCUGGGGCACGCCACUCAUGGAUUCCGGCUCCCAUGGAUCCUUUAGGCCGCUCUGUGUGCUCAGCUUCCGCAUGAAUCACCUUCUCAGCGGUUUCCGGCCCUUUGGCUACCACCUCACCAAUGUGCUUCUGCAUGCCGUAGCCACGGGGUUGGUACUGAAGUUGGCGCGGCAUCUUUUGUCUCCUGGAUGGGGUGCAACAGUGGCUGGGGUGCUAUUUGCUGCUCAUCCCAUUCAUACGGAGGCUGUUGCCAGUAUUGUGGGAAGGGCUGACAUUGCAGCUUGCAUCUUCUACCUUAUAUGCUUCCUGGCCUACAUUCAGCAUGUUGAGUGGCGUGAAAGGGGUGAUUAUCGACACUGGGCAGCACUUUUUGGAUGCUUCGCAGCAGCUUCUCUGGCUAUCCUGUGCAAAGAAACAGCAAUCACAGCCCUGGUUCUCUGUGCUUUCUAUGACAUCCUAAAUGCAGUUGCUGGGAAUCGAGAUAAGAAUCGAAUGCGCUCCCUCGUGAUUCUGAGCGUCGUGCUAGCCAGUAUUGUUCACCUAAGACUUCGGCUUCCAACACCAAUGACUCAAUUCUCCGCAGCGGACAAUCCAACGGCAAAAGUUAAUUCAAUAUGGACGCGCUUCCUAACUUUUAGCUACUUGCCCUUCUUCAAUUUUCGUCUUCUACUGCUGCCUACAACCCUCAGCUUUGACUGGGGCAUGGAAGCCAUUCCACGGAUCACGAAUUUCCUAGAUCCACGUGCAAUCCUUGCCUGUGGCUUCUACACAACACUCUGCCACACAUUAUGGCGUUGCACGAAAACCGUCGCGUGUGCUGCAUCAACACCAACGGCUGCAGCCACGCAUCGUCGCAAAGCCCGUACGCCGCGCAAGAAGCCCGCAGCUGCUGCUGGCACACCCAAGACUGACUGUUUGUGUGUCGUCUGCAAACAGACGCUAACUGUACGACAUUCAAGUUCGUGUCGUGCAAUUAACAACAACAACAUCCCCGUGGUGCCAUGUGCCUGUGAACCUAGCAGCCCAGCGGCACCUUUUGCUCCGCCACGACCUAGCUUUGCAAUCCUAAUGGCUAUUGCCCUGCUAGUGCUACCCUUCCUGCCUGCGACCAAUCUUUUCUUCUACGUGGGCUUCGUCGUGGCUGAGCGAAUUCUCUACCUACCCAGUGUGGGUGCCUGCCUGUUAGCCGGCUUGGCAGCUGGGCAUGUGCUAGAUGCACCAGUGCAUGCUGCUGUGGCAACAACAGUGCCACGGAAAAGGAGUGCUGCCUCGAGGCUACGUGGGCAGCAGAGACAACGAAUGACAGUGACUGUGUUUUUGUGUGUGGUGCUCAGUGUCUUUUGCUUUAGGACAGUAAUCAGAAAUAAGGACUGGCACGACGAAGAGAGCCUCUACCGCAGUGCAAUUGAUGUGAUUCCGCCAAAAGCUCUCGGCAAUUUGGGAAGUGUCCUUAGUGCACAGGGAAGGUAUGCGGAGGCGAAAGCUGCUCUACAGGAAGCGCUCAAACAUCGACCCAACAUGGCUGAUGUUCAUUAUAAUUUGGGUGUCUUGCUUCAAAAUCAGCAGGAUUUCGAGAGUGCUGUAGAAAGCUACCAACGUGCAAUUCACUUUCGACCAUCAUUGGCUGUGGCAUACCUUAAUCUGGGGACAACUCUGAUUGCCCUGGGACGGUGUCAGGAGGCGGCGUCUGUUCUCCGUGAAGGUUCUCGACUCGACGGGACGGGACUGCGAGAUAGGACGGCGCACGAAAAUGCCCGAAUAGCAUCCCUUCUGCAACUAGGAGGACUCUAUGCUGACCAAGGAAAGCUUCAGAGAGCCCUUGCGGUGUACCGAGAGGCUCUACACACCCUCCCAGAUAGCUACCCUCCUCAGAGCAUCUAUCAUCGGUUAGGGGACACUUUGGCUCGACUGCAUCAGUGGACUGAAGCAGAACGUUUCCAUCGGGCCGCAUUGGAAGCCCAACCCGACCACGUGGCAGCUCACCUAUCCUACGGCUCAAUGUUGGCGCGCAAUACAAGCCGAGCUUCCGAGGCAGAGCAGUGGUUCAAGCGAGCACUCAAGCUUGCCCCAACCGACUCCAGCGUCUAUCAUCACUACGCUGAAUUCCUUAAUUCAAUGUCAAGGCACGAAGAAGCCUGUGAGAUGAGAAUACGUGCAGCAGAAUUGUCACCUAAUGACUAUUCCUUGGUAGUCACAGCUGCGACUGCUUUGCGACUUCUAGAUCGGAAAGCUGAAGCUGAAAAAUGGUACCGACAGGCAGUUGCUCUGAGGCCUGAUGACGCACGUUCGCAUACGAACUUGGGUGCAAUACUGCAUCUCAUGGGGCGCACCCAGCAAGCAACUGCCAGCUACAGGGAGGCUCUUCGUCUCCAGCCAGGGGACCCCACGACGCUGGGCAAUUUGGCGAAGCUGGGCGUCGUCGAGGUGGCGUAAGUUGCACGUUGUUCAUCUUCCAUGGAAAACACUUCCCGCCAUAUCCCCCCGACAACGCAACUUCCACAAAAAAAAUAAUUCCUCGGAAUUUUUCCUCCUUCCCCACCCCCUAAAAAAGUUAUCUCCCAUGUGGAGGGUGUUUUCUCGCUGAACAUUUUGUAAAUACAUCUUGGCAAUGGAAAUUAUAUCAAAAAAUGACCACAUUGAACAAUAAUUUCAAGAAAAAAAAAAGAUUAAACCACAAACAAUCGUCUUCAUACGGAAGGCGGACUGCGAAAGAGCGAGCCAAAUGUGAAUCCCAUCGGAAUGUAUAUGGACUUGUCCUUGGACACUUCCGAGGAGAUCUUCCGGUACAGUGAAAAAAUGUUUAAAAAAAAAAAAGGAAAGCAUUUUCAGGCGAUUGUUGAGUCAAUGUAGAAAGAAAAAGAAAAUUGUACAGAUAAAUGAUUUAAAAUUGCAAAUAGGAGAUAUAUUUGUGUAUUUUUAUAUCAAUAAUAAAAAGAAAAAAAAAUAAACAAAAAAAAUAUAUGAUUGAAAAUGAAGAGACAACCUCAAUUUUAAGGUGAAACAUGAUAAAGAAAAGUUCACUUGUAAGAUAACAAUUAUAUGAAAAAAAUAUAUAGAAAACAAUAUUUAAGAGAAUUAUAUUAAUGAAAAAGAAAACUCAGUUACUGUGUAAAUAUUUUAUUGCAGAGAAUUACAAAGGAAGAGAAAAAGUAUUUAGUAGAUAGGAUAACAAACAAAAAAAAGGACUCUCAAUAGGAGGUUUAAUCUCUCUUAUAAGAUAGAAAAAGGCACACAAAUCAACAUUCUUCCUUAAGAAAACAUUCAAAAGAAAAACAAGGAGAGCUAUAUAAAUUGGGAUUUUAAGACUCAGAAUCAAUUUUCAGGAUUGAAUAUAGGACGAUGAGGUAAUGGUGUAAAAAGAAGUAUAAAAAUAAAAUCAUGAAAGAAAUGA